AUGACUAUUUAUUUGGUUGGAACAGGAGCUAUUGGUUGUCAUAUUGCUUCUAUUUUGAAACUUCAUAAGCAUAACGUUACUCUUUUACUUCGUUCACAAGCUCAUCUAAAUCUCUUUGAAGCACGGCAGAACACGAUCAGCUACCGUCACUUCGAUAAGGUCGACCAAGUUGGUGGCUUUAGCGCAAAGGUUGUUGAUGAUAGAUUUGAAAAUACAGCGCUGCCAAUACAUUCGUUGAUUGUAGCAACCAAAGCGCAGCAUACAGCUAGAGCAAUAGAACCACUAGUGAAACAACUGCAACCUGAUAGCUCUAUUUUAUUAUUACAGAACGGGGCGGGUGUAGCUGAAGAGCUGACUGAAAAGUUCUGGUCGAAUACAACCCCUCCAAAAAUAUUUGUAGGAGUGAACCGACAUGCUGUAGAGCGUAUUGCACCGUUCGAAAUUCAGCAUCAUUCAGGAUUUAAUAUCCCUAAAAGCCUAUGUAUUGGUCACUUUCCCAGCAAUAGUUAUAGAAAGGAGCAGCAAGUGUCAAAGAACUCUUUUUUGAUGCAGAGUCUAACAAGUAUACCUGAGUUACAGGCUUCUUACUUACCUUGGCAAGUUGUUUAUCAUGAAAUUUUGAAAAAACUCGUUGUGAAUGCUUCAGGAAAUGGUCUCGCGGCUAUCCUAGGAUGUCAAAAUAAAUAUAUUGUUCAGCCUGCCAGUUUGAAAAUAGUUAAAUCAUUAUGCAAGGAAGCAUACGAAGUUUUGAAAGAUGAUUUGCCGGAUGAAACUUAUGAAUCUCUGUUGAAAAAUGUUAUUGAUAUGUUUACGUUAGCAGGUAAUAAUUCCUGCUCGAUGUUGCAAGAUAUUAAGGCUCACCGCUUUACAGAGGUAGAUUACAUCAAUGGUUACCUAUGCCGAUUGGGAUCUCAGAGAGGUAUAGAUACAAGGACAAAUGCCUUGAUCACCGAUCUCAUACAUGCCAAAGAGGCCUUGUGA